AUGGCCUCCGGAGCAUCAGACCAGAAGAUCCAAGAACUCCUUGCGAAGCCACGCGCCGAGCUCACGUAUGACCAUCAACACUCCCACUCUUCGCGCACUACUAAACCACAGAACAGAGAAUAUGAGAUUUCCCUCCUCGAGACACACGAGUUCACCUCCGGCCCGCUUUCGCUGCUGCAAACCGCCGUCCGACAACACACCCAGGUUCUGAUCUCGUGUCGCAACAACCGAAAAUUGCUCGGACGAGUAAAGGCGUUUGACCGCCAUUGCAACAUGGUGCUGGAGAAUGUGAAGGAGAUGUGGAGUGAGACACCGCGCACAGCAGAUGGCAAGAAAGGACGUGUGGUCAACAAGGACCGCUUCAUCAGCAAGAUGUUCCUCCGAGGAGACAGUGUCAUCCUGGUUCUUCUCAGUUGA